AUGUCGAAGCCAAUGGGAAUACGUUUUCAUCCUACUGAUACGGAGCUAAUCAACUAUCUAAAGAGGUUUUUCAAAGGCGAAUUAUCUUUGAAUGAACAAUGUCCUAUCCAGUUUGCGGAUAUAUAUGGAGAUCAACCACCAUGGGAGAUAUUUGGAGCUAAUUAUGAAGAGAAGUUUCGUUACUUUAUUACUCCUUUGAAGAAGCAGAAGACUGAAUAUAAAAGGUUUUCUCGAAUUUGUGCUAAAGGGACGUGGCAAGGGCAAACCGGGGAACAUCUUAUAAGGAGGAAUCGCACGGCGCCUGUGGUAGGGUUUAAGAGAAACUUGAAGUUUAAAACAAGUGAGUGUGGCCAAAAUAACACCUGGUUGAUGGUAGAAUAUCAUGUCGCAGAUAGUUUCUUUAAGGAAAAUAAUCAUAUUCCUAAGGAAGAUUUUGUGGUGUGUCGAAUAAAGAAGAAGAUGGGUAAAGAGAAGAACGUGGAUCAUGCUAUGGAGGCACAAGAUGGGGAUGUUGCGGGAAUUAUUGAUCCUAUGUUGCUUGAACCUAAUCAUAAUAACGACUACUCCACAAGGGAAGAUCAAGUUAGGGUUUGUGAUGAAGUUGAGGCUACAACUACAGAAUUUCAUGUUCAAAACAGUACUUAUGAAGUAGAAGAAGGCCACGGAGUUGAUGAUAUUAGAAGCGAUGAAUUUCUGGAAGAGAUUUAUAGAGCAUUUGAGGACAUUCCUGACGAUUGGUUGCAGAAUUCACAUGUUCUACAAGAUAUAUGA